AGACAACUCAGGAGCGCACUGGCCCUCAGUCACUACACACUGGUGGAAAAAUAUGAUCCCGAGAAGAGCUCAUCCUGCGCUCCAGCUUUCCAGACAACACUUCCACAGCGACUAAUUUCACCGCUCACUGUGGUCGCUGUUCAAGUAUCCCUCCCCUCCCUCUUGAGUUUUUUUUUUUUUUUCUCCUCCAGCCACUUUGCACCAGAAUGUGCGUGGAAGGUGAUGGAUGCGAGCUGGAAGGCUGCAGUAAUUUGGAUGAAGUGCGCACGCUGUCUGGCAGCAUGAGCCCCGCACUCAAAUCCAACCCGGACCUCCACGCCUGCAAACCCGGACAGAAAUUUCGCGCUGCGCUGCUCCGAUGUCGCUCGCCGGUGGUCGCUGCUGUGAUCCUCAGCUUCGGGAACGUCCUCAAUUACAUGGACAGAUGCACAGUAGCCGGCGUGGCGCUUGACAUCCAGAAGGAUUUCGAGGUAUCCGACAGCGUGGUUGCCUUGUUGCAAACAGUGUUCAUCUGCAGCUUCAUGGUGGCGGCUCCCAUCUUCGGUUACCUGGGCGACCGUUUCAACAGAAAAGCCAUCCUGAGCUGCGGCAUUUUUUUUUGGUCCACCGUUACGCUGUUGAGCUCCUUCAUCAGCAAAGAGUACUACUGGUUGUUUAUGCUCUCCCGCGGCCUGGUGGGCAUCGGAGAGUCCAGCUACUCGUCCAUCUCCCCCACCAUCAUUGGAGACUUGUUCACCAAUAACAAGCGUACCAUGAUGCUCUCUUUCUUCUACCUGGCCAUUCCCUUGGGAAGCGGAUUGGGUUACAUCCUGGGCACCAGCGCCAAGGUAGCUGCAGGAGACUGGCACUGGGCAUUGAGGGUGUCUCCGGUUUUGGGGAUGACUGCAGCAACCCUGAUCCUGCUCUUUGUGCCCGAGCCAAAGCGAGGAAGUGCCGACCAGAUGGGAGGACGAAUCAAAACCCAAACGUCGUGGUUGUGUGACAUGAAGGCGCUGGCUAAGAAUCGGAGCUACGUGUUCUCAUCCUUGGCGUCUGCCGCCGUUUCCUUUGCUACGGGCGUGUUUGGGAUAUGGAUUCCCAUCUACCUUGCCAGAGCUCAGGUGGUGCAGAAGACCGCGACUGCGGAACCGUGCGACAAAGAAAUCUGCAGCAGCACCGAGAGUCUCAUCUUUGGGGCAAUCACGUGCAUCACGGGCCUGUUGGGCGUGGUCAUUGGGGCCGCCACCACACGUCUAUGUCGGAAGAAGACGGAGCGGGCCGACCCCCUGGUGUGCGCCGUCAGCAUGCUGGGCUCGGCCAUCUUCAUCUGCCUUAUUUUUGUGGUGGCGAAGAAGAACAUCAUAGGAGCUUACGUCUGCAUCUUCAUAGGAGAGACGCUGCUCUUUCUGAACUGGGCCAUAACAGCCGACAUUUUAAUGUUUGUGGUUAUUCCCACACGGAGAGCAACGGCGGUGGCCUUCCAGAGCUUCACCUCUCACCUACUGGGUGAUGCAGGAAGUCCGUACCUAAUAGGCCUGAUCUCCGACAGCCUACGCGAGAGCUACAAGACGUCGGCGCUAUGGCACUUCCUCAGUCUGGGCUACGCCCUCAUGCUAUGUCCCUUCAUCAUCGUCCUGGGGGGCAUGUUCUUCCUGGCCACUGCGCUCUUCUUUCUGGAUGACCGAGACAAGGCUCAGAAUCAGUUGAGCCAGCUCUCUCGGCCCUCGACUUCCGUCAAGAUGUGAUCAGGUGACACCCAAGCGAUGAAGCAGCAGCCGAGACCACAAAGUGGAGCUCAAUCUCAAGCCCGUCCGUGCCCUCGUUGGACGGCCGGCAUCCUCCGUUGCUGCUCCUCGUUUUAACUCUUACUUGAGCACGAGGGGAGGGAGCGUCUUGCCCCUUCUUGGAGACGCCUCCGAAAUGGCAAGCUGGUGAGAAGACGCACAGCGGCGUGCCAACCUGACAACUGGUGUCCUCCUCACCUCUGCCCGAGAGGAUCCACUGAACUUUUACUCCGAGGAGGAGGAGGAGAUGACCUCCGUGACAUCUCUUGAUGCCAUACUACUGAAUGCUGACCAUGAACCUGCCCUGUCUGUCUGUCUGUCUGUCUUUGCCUGUCUGUUGGCCGUCAAUCUGCACCAAGUGCCAUACAUAGCGUCAUUACAUUCCUUCCGACUUUGCACUGACCACCCUCAUGACAUCACCACCGACUAUGUUUACAUGCACGACUCAGCCGCUCAAACGGAAAGAUAACACAAACCCGUUUUGUGGAUUCCUGUAAACAGACCAAAGCCGCAAACUUCCGAAAUACUGCAGGAAAACCUGCAAGUGCUCAAAUGCAAAGGCGUGUUUACCUGCCACCAUCGCGUCACAAACGAGGCCGUGCGUGUAAACACAGUCUUCAUCCGAGAGCCAAAAAUUUUACCGUGCAUGGGUCAGUGAAUCAGCCUUAAAGUGCUUCUGUCCGUAGAGCAAAGCAGCUGUUGCCACCGAGCCUCCGAUCCUUUUUGAGUUCGGAAAUCACAACACGACGGGGAUGCUUCUGAUAAUUCUAUUUCACGAUCUUUAUUUUAAUGUGAGGUCCGUUUUAAAAGUUGGAGGAUGCUGCCCGUUUCUGAGGGAUCAACACGUUAUAAGCUGGGUGGUUCAAAAAAACAAAAAAAAACACUGGAUUAUAUAUUUUAUAAUUUAUACUAUGUAUAUAUGGUUUUACCCUUAUAAAAAAAGAAAUGACAUAUUAUUGUGACUUGUAUAAAGGGUUGUUUUGAUGUACAUGGGAAGCAAUACUUUUUUUUUUUUUGUGGAAGCUUUUUAGGCAGUGUGGCCUUAUCAGUGAGCUGGCUUUCUCACUCUCUGAUGCUUUGGUUUUGAAUUUCUGGAGCCAAAAUGCCCUCACAGAAGCUCUUUUUAAAGACAGACUUUAAGUCCAGCCCACACUGGAUAGAAUAACAUCUACCCUAUAUUUGAGCAAUCUCAUGCCUUGACCAGAAAAGAACCUUUGACAUGAGCUGCGGUUGCAGCCAUUAGUUUAUUGCUGGAGGAAAUCGGAAUCCCAGACAGGAAAAGGAAAAUGUUCCGACAGAUAAGCGAGGAUCCCUCAAAUCCAUUAUAGUUUCCAAAAUGCAGUUGAAGACAACAUUUUAAAUUUCAACCAUGAGAAAAACAAAUUUGAUUGCAUUCCGUUUAAAAGAAGGAAGUGGAUGCAAUUUGCUGAAACCUUAAAGCCACUAAUAAAAGCCCAAGUUUUGAAAUAGAUGCAUGAAAGGGAAAAAGGAAAAUCACUUCAGGCUUGCAAGGAAAUAGACGUGACAAGGAUGAGUUGACCUUGGUGGAGGGAGGGAUGAAAGAGUCUUUCUCGCACUGAGCAUGUGGGGGGGGGGGGGGGGGUCGCGACCUCGGCGACGGAUGAUUAGCUUUAGCUUCUCUCCAUGUGGAGCUCACUGAAUGUGAUUGUGUGCAACCUGAUGCAUUUCGAAACUUGCAUCCUCUUAAUAAUCGACCGGUAAGCUUCUUACUGUCCUGAAUUUUUAUUAUCACCAAAUGUUUUAAUGAAUUAUUUGAAAUUUUAUAUAUAUAUGCGCAGCAAUGGUAAUAUAUUGUAAAGUGAUGGCUUGGAUGCAAUGUAUUUAUUUGUUUAGCAUAAUGAUGAAGGGAAUUGUAAGGUUUGUGUAAAUUACACUUUAAUUCAUGUCAUUGAUUUUGGUCUCCCUUUUCUAUGUCGAUGAAAACACAGUAAGAUUUUAAUUGACUGAGGCUUAUCUCAUGCAUUUUAAACACAGAAGGCUUCAUUUUGUAUUUUUUUUUUUUUUUUUUUAGGAACAACUGGUUGAACCAUUUUGCACAUUAACAUUCAGGGAUUUAUUUCAACAAUAGCGUAGCAUCCAUCUCUAUCCCAGAGGUCAUUUCAUGAUCACGUCAAGGCAUCGAUCAAAAAGUGGAUCGUGAAUUGAUUUGCCAAAUUUAGUUUAGUAUCAGUCCUUAAGUAUGUCUCUGUAUCUACUAAGUCAAUGUUAACCAUCACCGAGGUGAUGUGUUGAGAAUGCAUUUUUUCUUGUCAUACAAGAAUUUUGUAUAUACAGUAAAGAAACCUGCACUAUUUCUGAUGUUCAAGCAGAAAACAAAAAGGUUAUUUUUAUUUUCAGGCAGGCUUACCCGCGAGAAGUGUGAAUUGAUUUUAUUCUAGAACUGAACUGUGAUGCUCCCGCCAUGGGUUGUUAAAAAAAAUGUACACAUCUGUAAUUCAAAUAAACCUACAAUAUUUAAUCACCUUA